GGGGUCCGCACCAUGGGCGGCGGCUGCUGGCGGCUGCUGGGCGUCGUGUGCCCGCUGCUCCUGCACCUCGCAGCGAGCCAGGAGCCCGUCAGCAUGGCGGGACAGUGCGACACCAUCUACAAGGGCUUCGCCGGCUGCCUCAUCAGCCUGGGGGACAGCAUGGCCCAGAGCGUCCGGCAGCAGCAGCAGGAGGAGGGCGGCGAGGAGGAGCAGGAGCUGGACACCAUCUGCAAGUCCUGGGAUGAUUUCCACACCUGCGCCAGCGAGGUGCUGUCGAGAUGCCCCGUGGAAGCGGCCACCAUCUGGGAGUCGCUGCGCCAGGAGUCCCGCAAGAUCCAGUUCCAGGGGAACCUGCAGGAGCUGUGCAGCGCCCGAGGCCGCCUGGCCAGCGCCCAGGGCUCUCCGGCCGCUGAGACCAACCAGGCCACGCUGCGGGGCUCGGCCACCCCCCUGCACCCCCGGCUGCUGGCCCUGCUGGCCCUGCCGCUGCUCUGGCUCUAGCCCCGCUCGCCCGCGGGGUGCCCCGGUGCUGCCGGCUCCGUUCCCCCGGCUGCUGGCCGGUCCCCGCCACACCCGCCUCCCUCCCGGGCAUCCCUGGCGGGGCACGGUCCUCUCCUGCAGCGCUUCAGAUGGAUUUAUAUUUAUAUUAAAAGACACUUUUACAUUU